AAUCCCCAGUUCAGAGAAAAAGCAGCUCAAAAGUGCUUUUUUUCUCAGCAAGUCUGAACCAGUCAGCCGGCUGCCUCCUCCCUCCGGCUCACACCCUCCCUCCCACCGCUCCGGAGGAAUAUCCCAGUCUGCUCCAAGGUGCAGCAGAACACCCAGGGCAGGACGGAGCAGUGUCUGCACCCACUGAGCCAAGAGAGGAGAGGGGUCGGGAAGUUUGCAGGGCCAAUUGCUGGCAGCGGCGGGACGGCAGCGUGCCCGGUGCAGGCAGCACGGGCUCCCACGCUCCCGCUUGCCUGCGCUGCUCCAGCGGUUGAAGUGUCUGGGAUGGGGUCCCCGCACUGGAAACGGCUCUGCCUUUUGCUCCUGGCAGGCUUAACAUCCUCCCUGCUCCUCUACGGUCACUACUAUGCUACGGUGGAGUUGCCCCCCAGCCAGAAGAUCAUAGCCAGCCUGCUGCGGCCAGAACCGCUGGUCCUGGCUCCGUCGGGGACAUUGCGCCGAGCCGGCAGCCACAGGUGGGCCCUUGAAGGCAGCUUAGAGAGUGGGAAGUCCUUCAAGCCUUCUGCUGAGCUGGAGGAGCCCAAGCCCAGCAGAAAGCAGCCCAGCACGUGCCUCCGCUCGGUGAUGGCCAGAGCAAAGGCAGACCCCAAGUUUGGGGAGAUCUUCCGCUUCGACACCCCCGUGCUGAUGUGGGACCAGCACUUCACCCCGGAGACCUGGGACAGGCUGAAGGCACGACACGUCCCCUACGGCUGGCUAGGCUUGUCCCACACAGUGGUGGGCAGCACCCUCCGGCUUCUCAACGCCUCCGCCAACAGGCACCUCUUCGACAGGGACGCUUUCCCCGGGGGCUGCGUCCGCUGCGCCGUGGUGGGAAACGGCGGCAUCCUCAAUGGCUCGCGGCAGGGCAAGGCGAUCGAUGCGCACGACCUGGUCUUCAGGCUCAACGGUGCCGUGAUCAAAGGCUUCGAGGAGGACGUCGGGACCAAGAUCUCCUUCUAUGGCUUCACGGUGAACACCAUGAAGAACUCCCUCAUUGCCUAUGAGGAGUAUGGCUUCACCCAGAUACCCCAGGCCAAGGACCUGAGGUACAUCUUCAUCCCCUCGGAUGUCCGGGACUAUGUCAUGCUGAAGUCGGCCAUCCAGGGCAGCCCAGUCCCCGAGGGCUCGGACAAGGGGGACAAGCCACAGAAGUAUUUUGGACCAGAGGCAUCUGCAGAGAAGUUCAAGCUGCUGCAUCCAGAUUUCUUGCAGUACCUGACAGCGAGGUUCCUGCGGUCGGAGCUCCUGAACACGCAGUACGGCUCGCUCUACAUGCCCAGCACCGGUGCCCUCAUGCUCCUCACCGCGCUCCACACCUGCGACCAGGUCAGUGCCUACGGGUUCAUCACUGCCAACUAUGAGCAGUUCUCAGACCACUACUACGAGCUGGAGAAGAAACCGCUGGUGUUUUAUGCCAACCACGACAUGAUGCUGGAGUCAGCGCUGUGGAGGAGCCUGCACCACGCAGGGAUCAUGACCCUCUACCAGCGGUGAGGCUGGGCAGCCACCCACAGGGGCAAGUCCGAGGACUCCUGUGGCUCUUCUCUUUCCCAAAGGCCACCUUCUCCCUCCCGAGGGCUCUCCCCAGCUGGCCAGCCAGCCCAAGGAGCAGACCCGCCACACCGCAGCCGGCGGUGGUGUGAUGGUAAGGGGCAAGCUGAAGCUGGUAGAGAAAUGUUGCAUUUUCUCAGGGAUCUCCAGCAAUGUUUCGUGGCUCAGUGUGAUUGAACAUGGCCUUUGGGGCACCAAGAAGCAGCACAGCAUGUGGCUGUGACCUCCCAGGCCCAUGAACGCAGCUGUGGGGCAGCAGUGGCCCCUUUGAAGCACAGGAGGGGCAGGGUGAUGCUGGAAGAGGAUGCUGGAGAUGUGUACAUGUGGAAAGCACCCUUCACCUUGCCAUCACACUCCAGCUCAAAUGGGACCACAACAGGCAUGAUGAAUCCUUGGAAUGGAGACUAGAUCAUCCAGAUAACAGGAAGGUGGUGUGUUUGGAGAACACCUCCCUCCCAGACCACAGAGCACCUGAAUUCCAGCCAGCUCUGGGUUUACGUGUGCCACUUUCCAGAAGGAUGUUUGCCUCUGGGAUCAGCAGGAAAGACAGCAGCUUGGCUGCCCUCCCCUGUGACAGACGCACAGCGUGCCCUGCGAUUUUCCCCUUCUCUAGGUCAUGGUGUUUUCAAACAAGGGUGUUAAAAGCCAUCAGCUAAGAAAAGGGUAACUGCAACUCAGCUGGGACAUCAGAAAUGCAGCUGGCCUUUGAGCAUCCUGGAGGCAAGAGCUGGCCCACAGCCCACUACCCACAGCCCACGUGUGUGUGGUAGUGGGUUUGUUGGGUUUUUCUUGCACAGGGACCACGUGGUGCCCUCCAAGUGCUUUGAGAAGGAAGGCAGCCCCAUGCCAAGUGGGUUAAGGAGCCUGCUAGCUCGUUGGGUGAGUCUAAGUCAUUGUCACUCUUAAUUUUUUUUCCUCCCCAGAAAAAGGGAGGUGAAGGUCUUGAACCCUUCAGCCAUCCCGUGUAAGCCAGCACUGCUAAGGAAGACCCACUGAGGAGGCUGCUCCAGCUGGUGGUGGCCAGAGGGUUGAUAUGGCACAGGGGAGGGAGCGGUGUAAUCUGAGACACUUUCCCACUUUGUGUAAUUACAUAAAAUAGUCUUCUUUUAUCCCUGUUUCUGUUGUUUUGAUGAACUGGGUGGGGGCAAGACCCCCCCUACCUCCUGCAGCAAAGGAGCUGUAGCAUGUAGUAGAGCAAGCCUUCGACUGGGUAACAGCCCCAGAGGCAGGGAUGGGAGCGGGGUUAAACUGGAGAGACCUGGGCUGGCAGGGAGGCCUGGUGCCCCAGGCAGGCUGCUGUGCUGGAUCUCUGGGAGCAGCCCUGAGCACAGCCUUUUUCUACUUGGGAUGCUAUUUGCUGUACGUCAGCUGGGAAGGAACAAUUUACUGCAGAGAUGGCAAGAGAUAUCCUGGUCAUGAGCCAGGGAACCUCAAAACCCCCUCAAGCUCACAGCAGGCUGCUUUCAGGCAGUUCAAAUAAGCAUUAGCGAAGGUUAGUCUCUAAGCCUGUUUCAGAUGUAAUCUCUAGCUUGGAGCCCAUCUUGUGUUCCUAGGUCUCAAAUUAACCUUUGUUCGCAUCAGACCCACCUUACAAUGGUACCAAGGCAGCCAGUCAGGCCUGUUUUUUUUUAUUCGCAAGCAUUCAGCAAAACCUCUUUCAUGACAAGAAUGAGCCUGAUCUUCACAUCGCCUGACUAAGCACCAAAACCUCCUCAAACCAAGCCACAGCACAGCCCAUGAGGUGACUUUGAACAUGGCAAUCAGCAGCACCUUGAUGCACAGGGCAAAAAGAACAGGUUUUAAGAACAAGUGCCAUCACAGCGCAGCAUCCUGGCAGAAUCCCAUCCAGCUCAUGGGCAGAGCUGUUUGUGCACAUCAGGCACUAAUACACAUACCCUCCUUUCCUAUUUCACAAAGGGAGGUUUUCUAGCCAAAGGUGUAGCCUAGCCCUAGAGUUAAACACACUGUUUUAAGGGCUUACCAGACAAGGAACCUGAUGGCUGUACUACUGCCUCUCACUACUUCUCCCUUUCCUUUGAGCUUCCAAGCAGACCAUAAGAACUAUUUCUGUCACCAGUACUAGCUUAGCCAUAACUAGUUUUGUCACUGUUACCACGAAUUGCUUUUCUUCAAUUUUCAGCAUCUGCAGACACUGAAGUCUUCACGUAUCAGGGGGGAGCAGGUCUUGCUAUGAAGGGUAAGCUCACAACUGCUUGAAUUUCAGAAAGCAUUUUAGCCCCAAACCCCACUCAAAACCGUUUCUGUUCAAGUAGAUAAGCUUUACAAAAACCCCAAACAAAACCCAACUUCAACUCCCAAGAUUUUCCAUAACUUAUUUUAUUCUGGAACAGAAGACAGCAGGGAACCACUUUUUCCUCCAGCCAGCUGUAGAUCAGGUCCUAGUGGAAAAAAGACAGUGUUAGAGCAAUGCAACUGUCAGCUGAGAAGUUUCCGAUUUGCACUAUUUAAUUGAGAGUACAGGUCUUGAGACAAAAACUUGCUCCCCCCAAGCCAAUGGCACUAGUGCCCAAAUCCUCUUUGGCUUUACUGGUAACUUACCUGUGAUGUGGUUGCAGCAAACUGAGCAGCGAGAAGCCUGCGGUUACGCCCAAGUGGUCAUUUUACACUGUUUCAAAUGAUGGUAUCAUUUGUGAGACCCGCUCCAGAACAAUCUUCCUUCCAUAGCUUCUAGAGUUGGGAGACACCACAAAGCAAUGCUGUAACUGCUUUCCUAAAAAUUCUGAAACAAUUCCUGCCCCUCUCUAUUCUCAAAGCAGUGAGUAGCUUUUACUUUUCCUAUUUAUCAUCAGGCUGCCUCGUUACUUUUUUGCCCUCACUCCUUGGAAGCCAAAAGCCCCAUGUGCUCUUUCCAGUGACUGGUCCUACUUGGAAAACAGCUGUAUUGACAGAGCAA